AUGGCGCAAGAGUUGGCUGAUUGGUCGGAACUUCAGUAUGAUCUGCUUGUUCUAAUUGCUAGGCGUUUGAAUCUGAUUGAAGACUACCUAAAUUUUGGCACUGUCUGCAAAUCCUGGCACUCUGUGCCCACCAAGAACAAUUUUAACAAUUACCUAUCUAGAGCUCCUUGGUUGAUGCUAGCGGAUGAUGACGGAAAUUCCAUUCGGAAAUUCUUCAGCCUCUAUAAUGGCAUGAUUUUGAACAAGAGGAUUCCCAAAGCCAGCAGAAAACGGUGUAUGGAGUCUAUGGGUUGGCUUAUCAUGGUAGGAGAAGAUGAAGGUGAAAUUAGUAUGCUACAUCCCUUCUCUGGUGUUCAAAUUGAAUUGCCCCAUCAAAAUACCACCGUAGAUUACCACAAUCAUCGGACUGGCUGGAAGAUGGGCUUUAUUUUCAAGGCAGUUUUGUCCGCUAAUCCUUCUCAUACAUCCGACUACCUUCUCAUGGUCAUUGAAGGAAACGCGAGGUUCCUAAGUUUCUGGAGACCUGGAGAUAUUAGAUGGACUAGAGUUACAUUGCAAGCAACCAAUCGCAUGCGUACUGCUUUUUUUGAUUUGAUAUAUUUUAAUGGCCAAAUUUAUGCCGUGGAUUAUUCGGGUGAUCUCCUAGCUUGUGAUGUUGUUGGCCCUCAACCCACUAAAUAUCAUAUCGUAGCGCAGAUACCAUUUCAACCUCAAGAUCGUCGAGAACAGUUAUACAUUGUAGAAUCACUAGGAUCAUUAUUUGUAAUUUUGCGAUAUGGUGUUCAAUUAAGGUUACCCAAAGAUGAUUGUGACAGGAUACCAUUAACGUUCAUCCCAAUAGCAUAUGAGAGAGGAAUACAAGAUGAUGAGUACACAUAUGGAACAAAUAAUUUUCGAGUUUUCCAAGUCGAUUUAGCUGCUGGCAAAAUGGCGGAAACCAGGGAAUUAGGGGACACGGCUUUUUUUCUAGGUGCUAAUACUUCUCUCUCAGUCCAAGCUUCUCAAUAUCCAGGAAUCAAGCCCAAUCAUAUUUAUUUCACUGACGAUUAUUUUAUAACAUACCUAGCCUAUGAAGAAGGAGGAGGGUUGGACAUGGGGGUGUUCAACUUAGCAGAUGGCAGCAUCCAGCCGCAUUACAACGGUGUUUCCCUCAGUCGUUUUUGUCCUCCAACUUGGAUAACACCAACUCUGUAUUGA